CAUUCUGUGAAAAGAAAGCAAGAUGGCUAGGUUAGUUCAGCCUCCACCGAAAUACACUCCCGAAGAAUGGCACGCUUCGAACCAUCUUCAGUAUUUUAAUGCUGAACGGGAACGCGCUGCGGCAGAAAGUCUUCGAGAUGAAAGCUAUCGACUCGCUCAUGAAACCGAAGUUCGUACGACACAAACUCAAAUGGACGUCAACAAGAAACUUGAACAGCGAAUCACCGAUAUAGAUUUUUGGAAAUCAGAAUUAGAUCAGAAGCAGGAAGAAACGGGAGAAGAAAUUUCCACCUUACUUCAGUUCAAAGCCAGAGUAGAGAAAGCUCUAGCAGAUACAGAAGUCCCUCUUAUGAUCGCUCAACAAUGUCUCGUCAACCGAGAAAGACGAAUGAAAGUUGAUCUUGUCCACGACAAUGUGGAAAUGCAACUUCAAAAGGAGGUGGAGGUUAUCGAAGGAGUACAGGCCCUGUUACAGAGAACUCUGGAACAAGCAACUGAGCAGAUAAGGCUUUUAAGAUCAGCCAAAUACUACUUGGAUAAAGACAGGAAAGACAAAUUCCAAGCUAAUACUAUUGACAACAAGUGUGCAUCACUAGAAAAUACUUCAGCUGGACUGCACUUUGCCAAAGAUGCCGUUAAGGUGGAGAAAAACUCUGUGACUCCUGAUGAGUGGGAAGAUUUUUCCAACAAGAAUAUUCUUAAGGCAGAACGAGAGAAAAACUCUUCAUGAUUGGUUGAUUUUAGUUAUUGACCCUCUGACUGCCCGAGUCGUGUAAUAAUAAUCUUUAUUCUCUCAAGAUAAAAGUACAUAUCUCAAGUUGACUUAACGUACUUCUUCUUCUUCUUCUUUCCUCAGGUGAUGGAAGAAAUAGCUGCCAUGGAGCAAAACAUUGAAAUGCUCAAAAGAGCUAUUGCUGAGAAAGAGGCUCCAAUGAAGGUUUCUCAGACACGACUGGAAAACAGAACCUUCAGACCCAACGUAGAGCUUUGCCGAGACCGUGUACAGUAUCGGCUGAUAGAGGAAGUAUUUGAGAUCUCUACCAACAUUCAGCGACUGCGAGAAAAACUGGCUGAUGCUGAAGAGUCCCUCAAAGGACUGAUCAGGAAGCAGCUGUCUUUGGAAGAAGAUAUUGAAGUCAAAGCAAACAGUCUUUUUAUUGACAGAGAUCAGUGUAUGGAGUUGCGCAAACAGAUCAAUCAUGUGCCUCAUUGAAAUAGCAAUUUUAGGAGAUAUGCUUCCACAACUCUCAGAUAUUGAUAUGUAUCAAAAUUGUAAAUUAGACAAAGUUACUGUUAGUGUUCUAAAAGGGUUUUUUGCAUUUCAUGUGAAUCUUUUAAAAAUGGAACUAAGCAGUACGUUUUUUUAAAAGUGUUCGUUUCUAUUAUUGAUUUUUCCUCUUUUUUCCCAGCAAACUCAAACUGACAUUUUCAAACAUUGAAUAUAAAUUUUCACCUUGAAGAAUUGUAAUUCUUAAGAGUAAUUUUUGCCUUACCGUGUCGAGUACUGAAUAAUCUCAAAGACGAAUUCUGUUGUAAAUACAAUUAUGUCAGGUUUAACUGCAGUAGCUGUUAGUCAAUCAAUCACAACCUUUCAUUGUAUUGUUCUUCUUGCUUUCAAUGAAUGUCGAUAAUACGUGAA